UAAUCUGCAAAAAGUUAUCGAAAAGUAUAUGCUUUAGAGCACGAGCGUGAUGUAAUGCGGUGGUGGGUAAUGGAGCAUAAUGGAUCUAAUCAACAAUUUCUUUUUUGAAUCGGGACGUGUUUUGGAGAUUCUUUAUAUUGCGGUUUCUGAUCGCCACAUAAGAAAAGCAUCUUCGUGAGAGAGAUAGUUUUGUACUUGAUCUUGAUGUGUCAGCUUUUGUAAUUUUGUUAUGUAAAGGCUUCAGAUUUCUGGAGAGCAUUCAAUGAAUGGUGCUGUUUUCUUCGAAUAUUCUUAGUCAGUCAUUUCAAGAUCCUUUCAUCAUCCUACUUGAUGACAACGAUUUUAAGUAUUAAAAAAAAGCAAAUAAUCUUCCAGAAAACAAUAGAAAAUAAGAACAGAUUGUCUGAAAAAGACGCUCUCUACCCCUAUCUCUGGUUUCUCUAAAUAACUAUAGAUCUUAAAAGCAAUAAGAUUGUGUAUGUCGGUGGUUAAACGCACCGUUUUUGUGUGUCACAUGUAUAUAUACUAAGCGUAAUCUAAUAUGUGGUAUAUCCCCUAUAAAAGAAAGCGUGAAAAAGAUAGAACCCUAAUUUAUUUCGCCAUCUGUUUCAAACAAUGACUACUAUCUCUGAUCUUUCCCGAGAUUUGAUCGGGGAGAUACUCUCGAAAGUUCCGAUUACUUGUGUUGGAAAAGUAAGAUGCACUUGCAAAAGAUGGAAUGCUUCAACGAGAGAUAGGCUAGUUGGAAAAGCAGGAGCUAAGCAGUCUAUGGGGUUCAUGAUGAUGGAUUAUAAGGUUUGUUCAGCGAGAAUCAAUCUCAACGGAAUACUCAAGGACGAGGAAGGCUCUGUUGUUGGUCCAAUAUCUAUAAAACCGAUUGAUAAGCUCAAUGAAAUUGAGAUAUCUAAAGUGUUUCACUGCGACGGCUUGUUGUUAUGUGCGACGAGGCUAUUGGUUUGGAACCCGUAUCUAGGACAAACCAAGUGGAUCCAGCCCAAAAAAGCUUACCACAGGCUGGACAGGUAUGCUCUCGGAUACGAUAAAAACAAGAAAUCCUACAAAAUAUUGAGGUUUGUGGAUGAUCAGUACUUGCCCACAUACCUUUUUGAGUUCGAAAUCUACGAUAUGAACUCUAACUUGUGGAGGGCUCUUGAUGUCACUCCCGACUGGGAUAUCGAGUAUUUUCGACCCGGCUUGACAGUGAAGGGAAACACUUACUUUUUCGCUAAACAAAAAGUAAUAUUUGAAGAAGGCGCAAAUGAAGCAGACGGAGAUGUGGAUGAUUUCUUGGUUUCUUUUGAUUUUACAAAAGAGAGAUUUGGACCACAUCUACACGUGCCGUUUCACUCUCAUCUCCAUGAAGACACCGUGGCUCUAUCGAGUGUCGGAGAGAAUAAGCUUGCAGCCUUGUAUCAGUCCGAGGAUAUAAAUGCAAUGGAGAUAUGGGUUACAACUAAGAUUGAGCCCCAUAUGGUGGCAUGGAGCAAGUUGUACUUCUUAGCGGUUAAUAAUAUGAUCCCUCUCAUUGGUGCAAGUUUCUUCAUUGACGAGGAAAAGAAACUUGCAGUGGUUUUCGCUUUAGAUAUACAUGGUCGCUACAAAAGAGCUUGCAUCACUGGAGAGAAUGGGUAUUUUAAACAAGUGGAUCUCGGAGAAGUUGCUGUGAAUUCUGAUGACGAAGAUCCCUACUGUUUCCCAGUCUGCUCUUACGUCCCAAGUUUGGUUCACAUCAACCAAGGCCUAGUUCUAUCGGGAAAAAGGAAAGAACGUUAAGUUCAUUUUUAUAAGUGCCGUGUUUGUUUCCGCAUAUCAUCUCCUCUUUGUUUUCUUUUGCCUUUUGUCAUCUUCUUUGAACAAGACUUGGUCAAAUUACUUAUAUUUAUUUUGUUUCUAUUUUCAUUUA